UCGUCUGCCUCAUAUGAGACUAUACAAAGUUUGGCGAAACAAAUCUUUCUGCAAUCAAGCGCGAAUGUCGUUUCGUUGACCACAAAAUAAAUAUUUCACAUAGCCAAACACGAACUGAAGGAAUACCCAGAGGCCAAAUGCUUUUGUGCUGGUAGUGCCCUUAUCUCCCUAUCCUUAGGUUGUCAAACGUAGCCAAAAAUGGAAGGCAGUCCGGUUGAGAUUUUCCAAGACAAGGAAGACUGUUAUAUGAAUACUACUUCGCUGUUUGGAUAUCCAGAAGGUCACAAUCUGACUUUCGACUCUGAGUGGGAAGAGGAUUCUAUGUCCCCCAUCAUCCCCAUCAUCACGGCUGUGUACUCCGUGGUGUUUGUGGUGGGCUUGCUGGGCAAUUGCCUCGUUAUGUAUGUUAUCAUCAGGUACACCAAGAUGAAAACGGCCACCAACAUUUACAUCUUCAACCUGGCUCUCGCCGACGCCCUGGUCACCACGACAAUGCCCUUUCAGAGCACCGACUACCUGCUGAACACGUGGCCUUUCGGCGAGGUGGUGUGCAAGGUGUUCAUCUCCAUCGACUACUACAACAUGUUCACCAGCAUCUUCACCCUGACCAUGAUGAGCGUGGACCGAUACGUGGCCGUGUGUCACCCAGUCAAGGCACUGGACUUCCGCACGCCCCUCAAAGCCAAGAUGAUCAACGUGUUUAUCUGGGUGCUAUCCUCGGCGGCGGGGAUACCAGCGAUGCUUCUGGGGGGCACCCAGACGUACAACGGCACCACGGAGUGUGCCCUCCAGUUCCCGGAGCCCUACGUCUACUGGGACACUCUGAUGCAGGUCUGCGUGUUCGUGUUCGCCUUCGUGGUGCCUGUGCUCAUCAUCACCGCCUGUUACUCCCUCAUGGUGCUGAGGCUGAAGAGCGUGCGCCUCUUCUCGGGCUCCCGGGAGAAAGACCGCAACCUGCGGCGCAUCACCCGCCUGGUGGUGGUGGUGGUGGUGGUGUUCGUGGUGUGCUGGACGCCCAUCCACAUCUUCAUCCUGGUCAAGGCGUUGGCCAGCGUGCCGGAGACCACCGGCGUCAUGGCCGCGUAUUUCUUCUGCGUGGCGCUGGGCUACACCAACAGCAGCCUCAACCCGGUUCUCUACGCCUUCCUGGACGAGAACUUCAAGAGGUGCUUCAAGGACUUCUGCCUCCCGAAAAAGCUGAAGAAGGGGGACAGUGGGUCGGGGAGGGACAACGCGAUCAGGUCCCGGGAAGCUGCGGUUCAACUGGAGAACCCAGGCGGGACUAGAAAAACUGCAUGACUAGCAAUAGAGCUGUCUUCAAUUUCACACCCCGGAAAAGAAGACAUCUCCAACGACGUGGGUCUUACCCAGGUGACAUGUGGAAUGUAAGCACAACGGGGUAGAUUUCCAUUCUGUACAUAACAUGACUGUUGUUUCAUGGAUUUUACUGUUAGGAGCAAAUCAAUAGUCGGACUCCUCACUUUCGUAUCAAUAUUCUGCUGAAAAGGUUUUAAUGGAAAUAUCUAAUUUAUUUAUUUUUACACCAACUAAAUAACAGCUCAGUGACACACUUCAAAAGGACAAAAACUAAUUAUGUCCUUGCUUCAAUGGCUUCCUUUAUGUUAGGCUCUCUUACUCCCAGAGUUCCGAAUGGAUUGCAAGUUUUUCGGCUAUUAGAUCCUUCCUUUUGACAAAACAUUGUUUGGGAAACGAUUGGGAAAGAGCUUUAUGGGAAGGGCAAUCUCGGAUUAGGACAUACACAUUUUUCCUAUUUAGUUUUUCUGUGUCAGUCCCUACCCUAACUAAAAUUUGAUUUGCUCCCCCCUCUCCAC